AUGUCCAACCCCAGCGCCCCCCCUCCGUAUGAGGACCGCAACCCCCUGUACCCUGGCUCUCCGCCCCAGGGGGGCUAUGCGCAGCCGUCCGUCCUGCCUGGGGGCUACCCUCCCUACCCUGCCUACCCCCAGCCUGGCUACGGUCACCCUGCUGGCUACCCGCAGCCUAUGCCCCCCAUCCACCCGAUGCCCAUGCGCUACGGCCCAGGCCAGGGCUAUGAUGGGGAGGAGAGAGCAGUGAGUGAAAGCUUCGGGCCUGGAGAGUGGGAUGACAGGAAAGUCCGGCACACCUUCAUCCGAAAGGUUUAUACCAUCAUCUCUAUCCAGCUGCUCAUCACGGUGGCCAUCAUCGCUAUCUUCACGUUCGUGAAGCCAGUUGGUGAAUUCGUGAGGAGAAACCUGUAUGUCUACUAUGUGUCCUAUGCUGUCUUCCUGGCCACCUAUCUGACCCUCGCCUGCUGCCAGGGACCCAGACGCCGGUUCCCAUGGAACAUCAUCCUGCUGACCAUCUUUACUCUUGCCAUGGGCUUCAUGACGGGCACCAUUUCCAGUGUGUAUGAAACCAAAGCUGUCAUCAUUGCAAUGAUCAUCACUGCUGUGGUGUCCAUUUCGGUCACCAUCUUCUGCUUCCAGACCAAGGUGGACUUCACCUCGUGCACAGGCCUCUUCUGUGUCCUGGGAAUUGUGAUGAUGGUGACAGGGAUUGUCACUGCCAUUGUGCUGUCCUUCAAAUAUAUUUACUGGCUCCACAUGGUCUAUGCUGCUCUGGGGGCCAUUUGCUUCACGUUGUUCCUGGCUUAUGACACGCAGCUGGUCCUUGGGAACCGGAAGCACACCAUCAGCCCCGAGGACUAUAUCACUGGCGCUCUGCAAAUCUACACCGACAUCAUCUACAUUUUCACCUUUGUGCUGCAGCUUGUCGGGGAUCGCAAUUAAGGAGCACCGCAUUCCGCCCCACCGUGGGCUCCCACUUCCCUAGAGGGCCGGGCCCUGUGACCAGAGUCUGGACCUCAGAUCCCUUUCCUUUCCCCUCCAGUAACAUGCCCAGUUUCUGUUCUGUCCUGGGAUGGGUGGCCUCUCUGGUGGUAGAUGCGCAGGUUACCUGGUGGGCUGGAGGAACUGGGGACUAACUCUUGCCUUUGGUAGACCCAGAGGAGACUAGGCAGAUGUGCCUUCUUCUCCACCCACUACAUGGCACCAAACUCUUCUCAAUAGCUGGGGUUGCAGGGAAGGACAAGAAGAGCCUACUAUGUAGC